GACUCCCAAACAACAGGCCGCAACACCGCGUAACGUCACACUGCAUCCUCUUUUCCAGCCAUGUCGUCCAUGAAAUUCCUCAGACAAGUGGCCCGCUCUGCACGGACGUUCUCUACGACGUCCGUCGCUCGUAAAGACCUUGUCCAGGACCUCUAUGUCCAGGAGCUAAAAGCUUACAAACCCCCCGCUCCAGUAAAAGACGCACACGUCGGGGCUGUCAAGGUUUUCUCACUACCCGCCGUUCCGAAACCACCCACUCUUCCCGCCGACCUUGCGGCUGAAUUGACCGCGUAUGACGCGACUGAGCCCACAAAAGCCGAUGUAGAGGUUGUGAGUUCGAGUGCACAUGCAGGAGAAGAUGUGGGCAAGGGUGCAGAUGCAUUCCUCGGAUUCUUGGAGGCAGACGUGAAGCAAGCAGAGGCUCACCAUUGAGUCGAGGAUACCUUGAUUACCUUCUGAUUAGGAAUGGCAACUAGAUUUUCUCAGUUUCCUGCAGGAGGUGUGCGUUUGGCGAAUUCUGAAUGUAGGCUGCUGCUACCUACAGAAAGUUAGAGGUUAUCACGAAAUGAAAAUGUGAAAAGAAUGGUCACACUUUGCUUGUGCCAUAUUCUAGUUGUGUUUUGCAGGUCAUUCAUUAUGAUUCGAAGGCC